GCCGAAGAUAACUCGACACAUGUACAAAAAAAGAGGGGGGAGGUAAGUAAUUAUUUAGGGGGAAGAAAGAAAGAAACAAAGUUGUCGACCGUGCAAUGCACACGGGGAGGGAUUUUAUUUAUCUCGAGAGGCUCGUUUAGUCCGGCACCGGUCCGCUGGGAUGUGAGAGUUAACGGCGCGCCGGUUUCCCUCAUUUCCUUCUCUGUCUCCAAAACUUCUCCGCUAACUAUUUUCACCCGAGUCCCGGACCGGAUUUCUCCUUUUGAAAACGGGAAUGAUAAAAGCAGCCGAGCGCAGGCGGAUGGACGGACGGACUGAGGAGUCUAGCGAGCUGCCGUACGUGCGUGUUUUCUGUGGCCUGAGUUAAAGUUAAACCAUGUUGUUUUAAUCUUUUUCUUCCCCCCUCCGCGAGCUCAUUUCGCCCUGAGAUGAAUGGCAGAAGUCGGGUGAGUGGACUAUCUGUGCACCAGCGGAUUUAUUUUGUUGUCUACACUGGACCCCACAUGAAGUGGUGAUAGCCUGCAUCCUGCCUGCUGAACCUCUCCGCUUUGUGUUAAAAAAAAAAAGGAAAUUCAAACGGAGAGACUCUCUCUCACACACACACACACACACACGCGCCGCACUGGAUAUAAAAACCGACUUUUUCUGAGGCGCAUUUCAGACAGUUUGACUAACAGAGAAGAUGCAGAUGUGGAGCCACAUGAGGGUCCACAAAGGAGGCCCUCCACGACCAUAGGUCACGCAGAAGUGUCCUGUUUCCCUGGCUGGAUCGAGUUGAACUCUUAGUAAUUGUCUAAUAAUCCAAUGGAUUCUUGCUCACCACAGCCUACCUGUGCCUGUGGAUUUUCCACAUGAGGGCAAACCAGAUGACUCAGAGGACUUUAGUCAUGUAACCACCCUGAAAUGUCUUAAAGGUCUUUUUUAUUUAUCUGUUCUGUAUUUAUUGUGUGUAUAUAAGGGGUCCUUAUUUUCAGCUUUGAGUUAGUUUCAAGGCCAGUUUUUAAUUUCUACUCAUUAUUAUUAUUAUUAUUAUUAUUAUUAUUAUUAUUAUAGAAUUUGAAAGCUGACAUUUCAAGUGUCGUAGUGAAAGCUGUAGAUUUACUUGAACAUCUUUGUUCUGCUGUAUAUCUACCCACACUGUAUUAGAGCACAUUAAUCUGUAACUUAAAGGAGAAACUGUAAGAGUUGACUUUGCCCAGACAGGUAAAGAAAACACACACAUACACACACAAGAAGGCUUCAUCAUGGACAGGCCGAUAAGCAAGUUGUUGGAGAAGUUAAAGCUAACGGACUCGGGCAGUGUGAAAUUCAACAGUUCAAAGAAAAAACAGGACCCUGCCAACAACUCUAAUAACAGCAACGCCAACACUGGCAUCUCCGGAGGCAGCGGUGGGGGCAGCGGUCUGCCACCAGCUCCCAGCUCUGCAGCUGCCUCGCCCUCAAGGCCCGGCCAGUUCUCGCUUGCCUCUGCAACCACAAGCGAUGCAUGUGUUCCAGUGAAUGGGAGGGGAGGUGGAGGAGGAGGAGGAGGAGGAGGGAUGGGAAUGCCUCCCUCUCAGCUCCUCACCCCACCGCAGACUUCCUCCACGGUGGGUGCCAUACCUUCAGAUGGCGAGCAGCCGCUUCACCCCUCCACCUUGGCACAGCUGAGGCGUCGCUCCCCCCAGCAGCGGGCUUCCUGUUACCUGGGCGAAGGUGUGGAUUCCCACAUGAGGCGUGAGUCUGGCCUGGGCCCUGAGUGCGACCCUCUGGGGGCGUUUGGCUCCAAGACGUCCCUCAAUCAGCGGCGCUACUCGCUGGAGCUCCAGCAGCUGGUCAGACGUCAGCAGCUCCUCUCCCAGCCGCCGCCUCUCUCUGUCCCACCGCCGUACCCCGCCGCCACGGGCUAUGGGUCUGCUCCCAGAGGAGGCGGAGGCGGUCUGGCUGAGCCCGGCUACCUCUCCGAGCCUGAGAGGCACAAGCGUCUCUCGCUUCAGGAAGCUCUGUUCUACAAACGCUUGAGCACAGGAAGUGAACUGUGGGAGAGCACCAGGCCAGCGUCCCUGUCUCAUCCACCACACCGCCCGUCUGAUGUGACCGGAGGAGGCGUAGCAGGGAGCUUCUUCUACCCCCCUGGGCCGACUGUGAGCCCGUGUUCGUCAUUCAGCCUCCAGGAGUCAGUGCUGGUCAGCCCCAGGUCCAGCUUCGCCUCCAGCACGGCCAGCGGCGGAGGAGGGAGCCCCAUGGGGAGCCGCUGCAGCAGCAACCGGACCAGUGGCAUCAGCCUGGGCUACGACUCGCGCUACUCCGCCUCUGGAGGCCUCCCUCCGCAGCAGCAGUCCCCCUCCGUGCAGACAGGGAGCUCCGUGGCAGGGUAUGGUGCUCCAGGCAGGGCCGGGGUGACCCCUGUGGAGGCCUGGACUCAGUACCUGGAGGGAAGUAUGCGCACAGGGGCCCACGAUAGUCGACACUCCUACCCGCCUGCUGUCGGGAGUCCAGGGGCGGCGUGUUACCAGGGCGGCCCAGAGUGGUGGGAUGAGCAGCAGGUGGGAGUGAGAGGCAAAGAGGGAGGCGUGAUGGGAGAGAGGGCCCGCUACUCAGACCUGCCCGGCACCCGGUACCAGGAAGAGCUCACCCGGCUUCUGCUGAGAGAUGCAGAGCUAGAAGGCGAGGGGCUCCUGGAGGGCCUGAUGCUGAAGGAGCAGUCCCUGAUGGCUCUUCCUAAAGCGAGCGCGACCACACUGGGGCCUUCCUCGGCCGUGGGGCCGGGUGUCAAACCUCAGGAGGAUCCAGGAGUCGGAGCUGGAAGGGAGGUUGUGGAGAACCGACAGGAGUACUUUGGAACCUGUGUGAAGUGUGGGAAAGGUGUGUACGGGGCAGAUAACGCCUGCCAGGCUCUGGACAACCUCUAUCACACACGCUGCUUCACCUGUGUGUCCUGCGGACGCACCCUGAGAAACAAGGACUUUUACAAUGUCAGUGGCUCUGUGUACUGUAAAGAGGAUUACAUGUUUUCAGGAUUCCAGGCAGCCGCUGAGAAGUGUAGUGUGUGUGGCCACCUUAUUCUCGAACAGAUCCUGCAGGCUCUUGGGAACUCGUACCAUCCCGGCUGUUUCCGCUGUGUGGUGUGCUCCAAGGCUCUGGAUGGGGUGCCCUUCACCGUGGACCAACACAGCAACAUCUACUGUGUUUCAGACUACAACAAGACUUUUGCCCCCAAGUGUGCUGCCUGUUUACAACCCAUCUUACCCACUGAGGGCAGUGAAGAGAUCCUCAGGGUCGUGUCUAUGAACAAGGAUUAUCACUUUGAGUGCUACCACUGCGAGGAGUGUGGUAAGCAGCUCUCUGAUAAGCCCGGCUCGCAGUGCUUCCCCUUGGACUCUCAUCUCCUCUGCCACUCCUGUCACAUGAGCAGAGUGUGCGCCACUCACAACAUUCCCCCUCACGACACACACUGAUCAGCGCCUAUGCAGCUACGGAUGUUCGAGAAAAAAAAAAAAAAGCUGGUUGUAACAUGCUGUCAUUCUCUCAUGCUUUUUGCUCAUACGUCUGUUUCUUCCAGAUGAAACUGCUGAUAUUAAGACAUUUCCACUGGUUCAUUUAGUCUCUCUGACAUGGAUCAGUCCCUUUUGUCACAUGUACUGCCUGCUGUACUAUUACUGUAUCAUAGUUAUAAGGGAACGGGAAAGAAACUACUGCUUUUUUUUUUUACCCCAACGUGGCUACUGUUUGCUGUAGAAGAACAAGGGAUUUUGCUAAACUGUUUUGUACAUAUAUUAUGGCUAGCAAACAUUUUGCACUUAAAUUUGACUUUACUGUAAAAUUUGUCAAGUGAAUCUGUACAAUUUGGGGGAAAACAUUACUGUAAUUUCUGUAUGUUGUAAUAAAUAUUUUCAUUUUUGUGCUCAGA